CCACGGCCCUGUGUGUAGCACUGGGCUUGCGUAUCCCCCUGCCCUUGGACUGCUUCUAGUGCAGCCCCUGGUCAGGGUGAAGAGUGUUGUGUCAAACACAAUAAAGAAAAGCCCAAAGGCCUGUAGGCUGGCCCUCAGGUGUGUGCCUGUCUGUGAGUGUGCGAGCUUCUUGGGGAUCUGGGUCCUCUCGGUGGGUCCCAGGGUAGACCAUGAUGUUGGUGAUGUUUCCGUGCUGGGUAGAGGGGCAGUAAGGGCACAAGUGCCCCGUGGCUCUGCCGCCAGGGGGAGCCCUUGAGAAGCUGGCGGGAGCGCACCACGUGGCUGUAGAAACUGGCGCGCAGGCGUCGUGGUGACACCUCUGAGAUAGCUAAGACUUGGGCGCCUAUGUAGUCAGGACCACACGCGGGCACAGUGGUGGGUAUUGCCCGGCGCUCCACCAGGCACAGGAUGUUGCCCUGGCUUGGGCCAUGGGGCUCAGGCCGGAAGGAGGCCACAGAGGAGUCAGGCCUCUCCACGGGCAGUGACCACGGCGGGGAAUGGAGCUCUGGAGAGGAAACCACGGAAGAGCCAGGAGCGCCCGUGCAGGACAGCCCACAGCCCCAGGCCCUCAGCCCAUCUGAGACCGGAAGAAAGCUGCCGCUGGCCUCCAAUCAUCUGGUUACGGAGCCGACCGUGACCACGGAAGCCCCAGUACCUCUUUCGUCCCAGGUGACCUCCCAGGUCACCCCCUCAAGGAUGACCCCACUGCCACUUUUGGAUCCCGGCCACGAGGCUAACGUGAGACCUCAGCUGGUGGGGGCCAGCUGUGGGUCAGGCGUAUCCUUGUCCGGCAGGACACUGUGUCAUCCUUCCUGGCCUAUGUAUGAUGUCUGGGGCAGGAUCCCUACCUCAGGGCAUCCAGAAGAAGAGCAAGUGUCCAAGGAUACAGGGCUCCCGGUGACAAACUAUGAAGAUGUCUUUCUCUUGGACCCUCUGCUCACCUGUGGGCAGCGUAUUCCCUUGUACCUGUCCAAGCCCCCCCAGCAGGCAAUGGGCUCUCGAAAGCUUCUGCUCCCACCUGCCAUCAUGUCCCCCUCUGUGCAUCCCUCCUCAUCCCAGGCCUGCUCUUCCACCUGGCUGAGCGAGGCAGAGAUGAUUGCCCUCGCUGGUCUGCUGCAGAUGAGCCAGGGCGAGCUGAGCUCUAACUCCUUGGCAAGCCCUCUGACCUCCAGCAACUUCCCAGACCCUGUCUCUGCCUCUGAAGACUCAGGCCCCAACGGUGGCCAGAGCUGUUCUGGAAACACUGACCCAUGUCCCACACAGACCCCAGAUACCCCCCAUCCAUAGUGCCCUCCCUCCAUGAGUGCUGGCUUCUCCCCCAGGCUGUUUUGUUGAUAAUAAACCAGAGUUAGUUUGUGAA